AUGAGGCUCAGCGUAGCCACCUUGCUUCUCCUGCUGGCCAGCUGCCUCUCUCCAGGCCACGGUAUCCUGGAGGCCCAUUACACAAAUGUCAAGUGCAGAUGUCCCAGAACAAGCUUGGCCUUUAUCUCUCCAAACCUCAUAGAGCAGAUUCAAAUCAUACCUCCAGGGAAUGGCUGCCCAAAGACUGAAGUCGUGAUCUGGAUGAAAACUAAGAAGAUUCUAUGUGUGAACCUUCUCGCCAGAUGGUUACAAAAAGUAUUCAAAGCUGUACAGAGCAAAAAUAUAUUUUCAGCUCCUCCAGCUCCAGUGAGCAAGAGAAGGACUACCUGA